AUGCACUUAUCGACAGCACUCUUGGGUUUACUCCCCUUGGUUUCAGCAAUCCAACUACCACAUAUCCCUACGCCUCAGGAAGCCUUGAACCUCGCCGAUACCUUCGUGCAGCAACAUCCAAGUACGUCUUUGGGAUACGAUAAUGCUAUCCGACUGGAGAGUGUGGGAGACGAAUUUACCGUCCUCACCCAUAAGAAAUUCCCUGAUCAUCGAGUCAGAAUCAAGUCUACUUCAGGGUGGUGCGAUCCGGAUGUACGAUCGUACUCUGGCUACCUCGAUGUUGGGUAUGGUAAAGACCUCUUCUUCUACUUCUUCGAAUCGAGAUCGAAACCCAAGGAAGAUCCUGUCAUCAUGUGGAUUAACGGUGGACCAGGCUGUUCAUCCUCCUUAGGAAUGUUGAUGGAACUUGGACCUUGUUCAGUGGCCGACGGCCCGAAAUCUGCCAACGACACCAAGGUAAACCCUUAUGCAUGGAAUGAAAAAGCAAAUAUCUUUUUCCUUGAUGAGCCUAUUGGAGUGGGAUUCUCGCAUUCAGAACAUGGUCAAAAAGUCGGAACUACCGAAGCCGCAGCCAUCGAUGUACAAGCGUUCGUAUCGAUCUUCUUCGAAACUUUCAAGGAGUUUGAAGGUAGACCAUUCCAUAUGGCUGGUGAAUCAUACGGUGGUCGAUACCUCCCAGUUUUUGCCUCAGCUGUUGUCGACGGUAACCGAAAAUUGAUCAAGGAUGGCAAAAAACCAAUUAACCUGCAAAGUGUAAUGAUCGGCAAUGGAGUCACUGAUCAUUUCAGUACGAUGGAGUCUUACUUCCCUUUCCAAUGUACAUUGAACGGGGAUCUCACCGAGCCAGUACAAAACAUCGCUAAUUGCGUUUACAUGGCUGAGAAUUUACCAAGAUGUAAUCAAAUGGCCCACAGAAACUGCAUUCAAUCGCACGACUAUACAGCUUGUUCCAUCGCUAUGAACUACUGUGAAGAAGUGUUGGAAACUUCCUUCUGGAGUGCUGGCGUCAACCCAUAUGACGUCUCGAUGUCUUGCUCUCCUAAGGAAUUGAGCGAUUCACUUUGUUAUCCAGUAACUAAGAAAAUCAAAACUUACCUCGACUUGCCUGACGUACGAGAUAUUCUUGGAGUCCACCAGCACAGAGGUAACUGGUCCUCAUGCGACGAUGGCGUAUUUAGCAGGUUUGGGCAAUCGUUAGAUUCUACUGGCCAGACUUGGCUAUAUGUAGCGGGAUUGCUGGAAAGAGGUGUAAGAGUAUUGAACUACGUCGGUAUGCUCGAUUUCAUCUGCAAUCACAUUGCCAACGAGGUGUGGAUGGAGAGACUCGAAUGGACCGGAGCAGAGGAAUACCAAUUGGCGGAAUGGUCAGAUUGGACUGUGGAUGAUAAAGUAGCAGGAACUUUCAAAACUUAUGGUAAUUUGAGCAUGCUCAAGAUCAGAGGCGCGGGUCACAUGGUACCAUACGAUAAGCCCAAAGAAGCCCUUACAAUGUUGAACUCGUGGUUAGAAGCUGGUAAGAUUAGCGACGAUUAG